AUGGUCGUACUCCCUGGACACGAUUGUACAUGGACUGCAGAUGAAGAUUCUCGCAGACCAGCGACCAAGCAAUACGUCGAGUCUCUCAAGAACACCAACAAGGUUCAGCAAGAGCGUAUCCAACGUUUAGAAGCUCUACUCGCUGCAAAUGGUAUCUCUGCCGAUGGAGGAACCGCUGCCCAACCUGGCGCAUCGCAACCAGCCGUCCUCCUCCCUGGAAGCAGUGGACCACGGAGUCAGACACACUCUCCGUCGGGAUCUUGGACUGGUGAUCUGCCUCCUGACACAUUCUUAGCUCCUGGAAAUGAUCCAGGUUACGAUAGUCUCUCCGACACGGAGAGUGUCGCUGAGAAUUUGAGCAAUGCCGCCUCACGUCUUGUGAUCAAUGACGGGGAUUUGGCUGUUGUCGGUCCUUCCUCCCUUCAAUUCCAUCGCCCUUCUCCAAUAACUCGAACGAUUCCUCUCGAGGACGACUCACGCGAUGCACCAAAACAUACAUUACAUAUUGGAGAGGACGUUCCUCACAGUCGCAGUCACUCGAGGAACCCUAGCUUUAAUCAUAAUCGAUCUAGAUCACACUCGCAAGCGCGCUCCGUCGGCCAUUCUCGCUCUUCCUCCGUCGCCCCCCACGGUUUAACACCGCCCUCUCAAGUGUCAAACUUUGCCGGAAAUGUGUCACCUCCGGCAGGCGCAGGCUUAUUUGCAAACCUGUCCCCUCCUCCGGGAUCAGCAAGUGUAGGCUAUUUCGACCCAGCAUCCCCAGGAAGCGAUCAAACGGGCCAGGAACCGAGUACCAUAGAUCACAUUUUCUCAGCAAGCAACCCUCGAGGGGCAUUCUCGCCGAAUGCUGUGGCAGAUGACGACGACGAUGAUCACUAUGACUGGCGUCUUGUCUUGCCCAAAGAUAUAGAUAUCUCCCGAACCGAGCACGACACUGUCCUCGACACAUUCUUCAAGUUCUUCUCAAGCUGGUGCUAUAGAACCAUUCCCGACCUCUUCCUGCGAGACAUGAGACGUUACCUCGAAAACUCUCAAGUCCUUGAAAAGUCCCAAAACCUCGAAGAUGAGAAAGCCACUGUCACUGGACCGAAGACCGUUCAUUAUACACCAAUGUUACACAAUGCCAUUCUGUCCAUCGCUCUCGCUUACUCGGAGGAUCCAAUGCUAUCUAGCCGCUCGACCAGAGCAAAGUUUGUUCAGCAAGCCAAGAGCACCUUGGAGAUUGAGUGCUCCAGACCCAGUCUGGCCUGCGUACAAGCACUCGCGUAUAUUGCAAGCUUCUACUCUGGUGAAGGCGAGCAGACACUCGGAUUCCUGUAUUUUGGAAUGAGCAUUCGCAUGAGCCAAGCACUCGGUUUGAGUAUCGAUUGCUCAGGUUGGGUACGGUCUGGGCAUAUCUCUGCAUUAGAUGAAGUGGAUCGUGUGUGGACCUACUGGGUCACCUACUCGCUCGACAAAUGUUGGGCAUUCUACGUCGGCCGCGACCAUGGGCUACCCAACCCUCUUCUUCGCGCCUCGCAGCCCCCUACAGACCCUACAAGUGCGACUUCUCAAACCUUCCUGGCCCCUCCGUCGUCUGCUGGAUUGCGCUCACCAGUACCCACAUUUGAUAUCCACUACCCGUUGCCAGACGAGAGAGCCGACAACCAACCUUGGGAAUGGAAGUCUCCGCAGAGUUGGGGCUCUGGGCUUCUUCAGCAGCGAAAGUCCUCACCAAACUCUCCGAGCAAUGUCUCAUCAGCCUUUUAUCAAACCUCCAAGCUCAUGGUCCUUGCUACAAAAGUGAUGAACGCGAUUUGGCGACUUCCCAAAAAUGCCAGCAGUGAAUCCAUAGCAUCUCUCGCGCUUGAUGUUGACUCGUGGUUGGAAGAGCUUCCAGACUCGAUGCGUAUUACCAGACCCAAGACGACGCAGGCACUUCCGCACAUUCUCAUGAUCAACAUGGCGCAUCAAUGGAUCCAAAUCGUACUGCAUCGACCCUUUUAUCGCCUGUCGCAGAACAAGGCGGACCCUUCUAUCAAGCGCUGCGAUUCUGGAGCAGAGAAGAUCCUUCAGUAUCUUGCAGCCUGGCGUAGGCUCUAUGAGCUGCGCUAUGUUCCAAUUACUGCCGUUCAAAUUGCCUUUGUCGCGGGGACGACUUGUCUCUUACGUGCGAUUCAGAGUGUCAACAUGCCAGAGAAACGUCGAACCGCACUCGAUGGCGUCAGAGAGAUCAUUCGUGCGCUCAACGAGAUGGGAAGAACGUGGAAAUCAGCCAAGCAAAGUGCCGAUGCUCUUAAGGUGCUGCUCCAUGAGCAAGUUUCUGUCAACGAGAGGUCACCCGGUCCAACGAGGCAUCCGACUGUAGAACUCCAACCUCCAUCGGUUGCCAACUCUCGUGCUGGUACGAUGGACAUGGCCUUUGAGAUUCAUUCUGGCAGUCGCAUGCCCCUUGGGGGACGCAUACUCGAGGAAGUUCGCUUUAUGCACGAACCCCAUCCCGACCUGGCAAUGGGCGACUCGUUGUUCCCGGGUGGCUCUUUUACCGCUGAUAGUCCCGGAAGCAGUCAUAGUGGUCAGUACUUCAAUACGGGUGACGGAAUGGGAAUACACAACGCUGGAUACGAUGCGACUGGCCAAGGUCACUUUGCUGCGGAGAAUGCGCUGGGGCUGCCUGGACUCAACAUGCAGCCAGGAGUACUUUCACUUGGUGGGCAGAAUCCUGGUCUUACGAAUUAUGGAUUCCCGCAAUUUGGACAGUUUAUGGAUGCCAACCAAGCUCGGCUCCGAGGUGGCGAGUCCUUCCCAAAUCACCCUAUUGGGCAAUUCGGAGCCACUGGUGGACACGGUGCAUCUGCGAGUCUUGGAAACACUGCCGAAUGGUUCAGUUCCGAGUUUUCAUAUUCUGGUGUGGGUCCUCAGCAAUCGAACCAGCAGUUUUGGGGCCAAUAG